GGGAGAGGGGGAAAGGAGGCUAGAUCGAGGGGGAGAGGGACCGCCCGCGAUUGCUACGGCCGCCAUCGCAGCGGGAGGAGCUUGAAAGCGUGCUUGCCUGCCAUUCCCAGCUUCCAAUUCCUUUUCUCUUCUUCCUCCCUCCUCUCCCACCCCCGUCCACCUCCUCCUCCUCUCCACGUCCCGCCACUCUCCCUCCCUCCCCCUCCACGGCGAUACGCGCCCUACCGUACGGCCGUCCGCCUCGUGCCCGCCCAUUCCCUUCCCCCGCCGGUGGAUGCGUCCGGGCUGGCCGCGGGCCCGUCCGAGCCGGUGGCAGCAGCAGCAGCGGAGCACGGCACCACCCCGGCAUCGGCGGCGGGAGCGGCAGCGGCAGCGGGAAGCCAUCCAGCCACCGGCGAUGUGGGACCCCAGAAGGUCGUAGCAAGGGGUUUCCUUGAUUCGUGAAUCUUCGAUCAAGAAGGAUGGAGCCCCGGGCUUUGCUCCUCGGGGUGGCGUUGGCCUUUCUGUUGGCCUCUGGUUCCCAGGGCUUGAACCAUGAGGGCUGGCUUCUCCUGGCGCUGAAGAGCCAGAUGGUCGACACUCUCCACCACCUGGAUAGCUGGGAUGCGAGGCAUCCAACACCGUGCGCGUGGAGGGGCGUCAACUGCUCGUCGGCGCCAGUCCCAGCGGUGGUGUCUCUCGACCUCAACAACAUGAAUCUCUCAGGCACCAUCGCGCCUAGCAUUGGCGGCCUGGCUGAGCUGACGCACCUCGAUCUAUCCUUCAAUGGAUUUGGUGGUCCCAUCCCUGCACAGAUUGGGAAUUUGUCGAAACUGGAGGUGCUCAACUUGUUCAACAACAAUUUUGUCGGUAUAAUCCCCCCUGAGGUUGGGAAGUUAGCUAAGCUGGUUACACUUAAUCUGUGCAACAACAAGCUCUAUGGUCCGAUACCUGACGAGAUUGGUAAUAUGGCCUCACUUGAGGAGUUGGUAGGAUACAGUAAUAAUCUCACUGGUUCACUACCUCAUUCACUUGGCAAGCUCAAGAACCUGAAAAAUAUUCGGUUGGGUCAGAAUCUUAUAUCUGGCAACAUUCCUGUUGAGAUAGGUGAAUGUCUGAACAUAACAGUGUUUGGUCUUGCACAAAACAAGUUAGAGGGUCCGCUACCUAAAGAGAUUGGGAGGUUGAGUUUGAUGACUGACUUAAUCCUAUGGGGGAAUCAGCUUUCUGGUGUUAUUCCUCCAGAGAUAGGAAACUGUACAAGUCUUGGCACAGUUGCCCUCUAUGACAAUAAUCUAUUUGGUCCCAUACCUGCAACAAUUGGGAACAUCACGAAUCUUCAGAAGCUAUACCUUUAUAGAAACUCAUUAAAUGGUACUAUUCCAUCUGAGAUUGGGAAUCUUUCUCUUGCAAGAGAGAUUGACUUUUCAGAAAAUUUCUUAACUGGAGGAAUACCAAAGGAGUUGGGCAACAUACCAGAAUUGAAUUUGCUCUACCUCUUCCAGAACCAGCUUACAGGCUCUAUUCCUACAGAGUUGUGUGGGUUGAGAAACUUGAGUAAACUUGAUCUAUCGAUCAAUUCACUCACUGGCACGAUCCCAUCUGGUUUUCAGUAUAUGAGAACUCUAAUCCAAUUGCAACUCUUCAACAAUAAGCUCUCAGGCAACAUACCUCCAAGGUUUGGCAUUUAUAGCCGGCUUUGGGUGGUGGAUUUCUCAAACAACAGCAUUACAGGGCAGAUACCGAAAGAUCUUUGCAGGCAGUCAAACCUUAUUUUGUUGAAUUUGGGGUCUAACAAGCUUACAGGGAACAUUCCCCGUGGAAUCACCAACUGUAGACCAUUGGUGCAGCUUCGUCUUGGUGACAACAGUCUGACAGGAAGCUUCCCCACUGAUCUCUGCAAUCUGGUAAAUUUGACAACAGUUGAGCUGGGUAGAAACAAGUUUAGUGGCCCAAUUCCACCUCAGAUAGGCGAUUGCAAGUCUCUGCAAAGGCUGGACCUUACAAAUAACUAUUUCACGUCAGAGUUACCUCGAGAAAUCGGUAAUUUGUCAAAACUUGUUGUCUUCAAUAUCUCAUCUAAUAGACUAGGAGGAAACAUACCACUGGAAAUCUUCAAUUGUACAGUUUUGCAACGCCUUGAUCUCAGCCAGAAUAACUUUGAAGGUUCGUUGCCAAAUGAAGUUGGUAGACUGCCACAGCUGGAGCUGCUAUCUUUUUCUGAUAAUAGGCUAGCUGGCCAGAUACCACCCAUUCUUGGUAAACUAUCACAUUUGACAGCACUGCAGAUUGGUGGCAACCUGUUGUCUGGUGAAAUACCAAAGGAGUUGGGCCUGCUGUCAAGCUUGCAGAUCGCCAUGAAUUUGAGCUACAAUAACCUCUCUGGCAAUAUUCCAUCAGAGCUUGGUAACCUUGCUCUGUUGGAAAGUUUAUUUCUUAAUAAUAACAAGCUGACUGGUGAAAUCCCAACUACAUUUGCCAAUCUGUCCAGUUUACUUGAGCUCAACGUUUCCUACAAUUAUCUCUCUGGUGCCCUCCCGUCAAUACCGCUUUUUGAUAAUAUGGCUGCGACCUGUUUUAUUGGAAAUAAAGGACUGUGUGGUGGACAACUUGGUAGAUGUGGAUCCCAGUCAUCAUCUAGUUCCCAGUCAUCCAAUUCAGUCGGUCCCCCUUUGGGCAAGAUCAUUGCAAUUGUUGCUGCUGUCAUUGGAGGGAUUUCACUUAUUCUUAUUGCAAUAAUUGUGUACCAUAUGAGAAAACCAAUGGAGACAGUGGCCCCUUUGCAAGACAAGCAACUUUUUUCAGGUGGUUCUAACAUGCAUGUUUCUGUUAAGGAGGCAUAUACAUUUCAAGAAUUGGUCGCCGCUACAAAUAACUUUGAUGAGAGUUGUGUUAUCGGAAGGGGUGCUUGUGGGACGGUGUACAGAGCAAUCCUGAAGACUGGACAGACAAUUGCAGUAAAGAAGCUUGCUUCUAACAGAGAGGGGAGCAACACAGACAACAGCUUUCGUGCAGAGAUCCUGACUCUUGGAAAGAUAAGACAUCGUAAUAUUGUGAAGCUGUACGGUUUUAUAUACCACCAGGGUUCCAACCUUCUACUCUAUGAGUACAUGUCAAGAGGCAGUCUUGGUGAGCUACUUCAUGGACAAUCAUCUUCUUCACUUGAUUGGGAGACACGCUUCAUGAUAGCUCUUGGAGCGGCCGAAGGGCUUACAUACUUGCAUCAUGAUUGCAAGCCUCGCAUCAUCCACCGUGAUAUAAAAUCCAAUAACAUUUUACUUGAUGAGAACUUUGAAGCCCAUGUUGGUGAUUUUGGGUUGGCAAAGGUGAUCGACAUGCCAUACUCGAAGUCAAUGUCUGCAAUUGCAGGUUCAUACGGCUAUAUAGCACCAGAAUAUGCUUAUACCAUGAAGGUUACUGAAAAAUGUGACAUAUAUAGCUAUGGUGUCGUGCUGCUGGAGCUGCUAACUGGGCGUGCACCUGUGCAACCCUUAGAACAGGGAGGUGAUCUGGUAACAUGGGUGAAGAACUACAUCAGGGACAAUUCUUUGGGUCCAGGGGUCCUUGAUAAAAACUUGGAUUUAGAAGACCAAAGCGUUGUCGAUCAUAUGAUCGAGGUCUUGAAAAUCGCCUUGGUCUGUACUAGCUUGUCUCCGUACGAGAGACCACCGAUGCGGCAUGUUGUAGUUAUGCUAAGCGAGUCUAAAGAUAGGACAAGGGUGAGCUCUGCAUCCUCACCUGCCUCUGAUGAUUCUUCAAAGAAGGGUAGCUCAUGAUGUAUUUAUAAUAUUUCAGCACGUCAGCCUUCGUAACAGUCUUUACUAGAUCACAAGCGGCAUCACAGUGUCGUCUCGCCGGCGCCCUCCGCGGUUGAGUCCACAGUCCAACCCAACUGUCCAGCUCCUCGUCCCCAUCCAUUCGCCAUGGCGGCGGCGGAAGAGAAGGUAAGCCCACACGUCGUCCUCUUUCCUUUCCUGGCGCACGGCCACGUCCCCGCCUUCCUCCGCCUGGCCGGCCUCCUCCGCGCGCGCCGCCUGGGGCUCGACGUCACGCUCGUCUCCACCCCGCGCAUCCUGGGCUCCCUCUCCAUCCCGCCGGCGUCCUCUCCCCUGCGCCUCCACGCGCUCCCGUUCUCGCCUGCCGAGCACGGCCUGCCGGACGCCCACUCCCUCGCCGACAUCCAGGUCGGCCAGUUCAUCACCUUCUUCCAGGCCUCCGAAUCGCUCCGCCCCGCGUUCGAGGAGUUCGUCUCGAGCAUCGCUUCCCGUUCCCCGGUCUGCAUCGUCUCCGACGCCUUCUUCGGGUGGACGGCCGACGUCGCGCGCGCGCGGGGCGCGUCCCACGCCAUGUUCCUCCCGGGCGGCGCGUUCGGCAACGCCGUGUUCUUCUCCGUGUGGGAGCACCUCCCGCACGCCCGCACGGCGGCCGACGAGUUCCCGCUGCCGGAUUUCCCCGACGUCGUGCUCCACCGCACACAGAUCCCGAGGUACAUGCUCGCAGCGACGGGGGCGGACCCCUGGACGGCCUUCUUCCGGCGCGUCAUCGCCUCCUGCCGCAAGACCGACGCGCUCCUCGUCAACACCGUCCAGGAGCUGGAACCCUCCGGCCUCGACAUGCUCCGGAGGAGCUUCGGCGCCCAGCCAUGGCCGAUCGGGCCGGUCCUCGCCGCGCCGACCCCGUCAGGCUCGCGGGACGGCGACGCCAGCAUCAUCCAGUGGCUGGACGCGCACCCGCCGCGCUCCGUGCUGUACAUAUCCUUCGGGUCGCAGAACAGCAUCAACGCCGAUCAGAUGAGGGAGCUGGCGCUGGGGCUGGAGGCGAGCGGUCGCCCGUUCCUCUGGGCGCUCCGCCCGCCGCUGGGGUUCGACGCGAAGGGCGCGUUCAGGCCGGAGUGGCUCCCGGCCGGCUUCGAGGAGCGCGCGGCGCGGGCGAACGCGGGGCUCCUGGUGCGCGGGUGGGCGCCGCAGGUGCGGGUCCUGUCGCACCCGUCCACGGGUGCCUUCCUGACCCACUGCGGGUGGAACUCCAUCCUCGAGGGCCUCUCCCACGGCGUGCCGCUGGUCGGGUGGCCGCUGGGCGCCGAGCAGUUCUUCAACGCGAAGCUCGUGGUCGAGUGGGGCGUCUGCGUGGAGGUGGCGAGGGGCAACAUGGAGAGCUCGGUGGUGGGGGAGGAGGAGGUGGCGGAGGCCGUGAGGACGGUGAUGGGGGAGACGGCGACGGGCGAGGAGAUGAGGAGGAAGGCGGCGGCGAUCGCGCAAGCGAUGGCGGCCGCGUGGGAAGCGCCGGGCGGGUCGGCGGCGGAGAGCUUGGAAGGGUUCCUGAGAUGCGUCGAGACGUCCGUGCGCUGAGAUGCCCCGCUUUGAGAUCGGAGCGGGAGUAACCGGCCGUUUUAACGCGCAAGACGUGUGUAAGUGAUUGUUGCGACGCUGGAUGCGUCAUGCGUAGUCGUGGAACUUCUCGCCAUGCACGCGAGGUCUCAAGGCACCUGAUGAAGCCUGCGAGAAAUUCAGAAGGGCGUCAGCAGGUUACCAACCAAAAACAGAUGUGUUAGUCUCUGAUUUCUCGACUGCAAAUAGGAUUACUUUCAGUCGAACAGUGCAAGUAAAGAUUACUCCCUUCAUCCCAAA